AUGAAAUUCGGGAUUGCGCUGCUUUGUGGGCUUUUAGCUCUACAUUCCUGUGAAGUUCUGGCGGAUACGGAAACCGCUUGCCUUCUAAAAGAUCCACCCAUCCAAUGCGGGGGAUUCUGCCUGAGUGUUUUGACGCCGGUCUUGAAUCACUUGACCAUCGCCCAGGAUCACAGAAAUCCCAGUGAUCUUAACAAAUCUAAUGAGGUCCUUGUAAGGCAGUACACCAUGGAAACUCAACUGGCUGCCAUGCAAGAAAAGCAAGCCUCCUUUGAGAACUCACUAGAUAACACUAGUUUACAAAAUAAUAUUCUUGGUCAGAACUUUACUGAAAGACAGGAUUAUUUGGAAAGCCAAUUGUCGGCGCUACAAGAAGCUUUCUUCAGAGUGGAAACUAAAAUAAAAUAUCUGGGAUUCGAGCAAAUCGGUUCGAAAUACUUUUAUAUCGAGAAAGUAACUGAGCGGAACUGGUCCUCUGCCUCGAAAUCCUGUCGCAAUAUGGGAGGACACCUGGCGGAUAUUAAGGAUCAAGAGGAACUAAAUGCCAUUCAGGCGAAUCUCAAGAAGGACACUCACUACUGGCUGGGAAUCAACGACCUGAGCAAAGAGGGAGAAUUUUUGUCCAUGCCCUCCGGCAAAGAAGCUCCUUUCUUGAAAUGGGCCUCUGGACGACCCACUCAACUGAACACUUCCAACUGUGUGUUUCUAUAUAAUGGGGAAAUGUAUGAUUAUCCCUGCAACUACAGCUUCCGGUUUAUUUGUCAGACAGAGGAGGAAAAUGAGUAA